CGCUCCGUUGAAAGACGACGGACUAAUGUUGGGUGGACUUUCACGGGUUCACUGAAAAAACAAGCGGGUCGGGAAGAACAUCCACCGUUUCCGGUGUGGAGGGGGGGUGAAGCGUCGCGCGGCCCCUCGCUCUCCCGUUUCGUCACCUCGAGCAUCCCGUCAGCAAAACACGGCUGUGGAUGCCUUGAACCAUGAGUGUCCUGGGACCUACGCCGAGGCAGGCCAAUGCAGUGGCCCGAUCCGACAGCAAGAUCAGCGCCAAGGCCCUCUACGAACAGAGGAAGAAAUACUCCAACUCCAAUUAUAUCAUGCAAGAGACAUCGCAGUAUCAUGUUGAGCAUCUCUCCACGUUCAUUAUGGACAAGACCGAGUCCAUUGUCACAGUGGACGAUGCCGUCAAGAAACUGAUGCUUUUGGAUUCAAAAGACAAAAUCUGGACCCAGGAGAUGCUCCUGCAGGUCACAGACAAGGCCGUGAGGCUGCUGGACUGUGACACACAGGAAGAGUUGGAGAACUUCCCUCUUCCCACAAUCCAGAUGAGUCAGACGGUCCUGAAUCAGACACGUUACCCCUCCGUCCUCCUGCUGGUUUGUCAGGACAAGGAGCAGCACAGACCCGACAUCCACUUCUUCCACUGUGACGAAGUGGGGGCUGAGAUGGUCCAUGCAGAUAUAGACAGUGCCAUCGGAGACAACAAGCAUGGCAAGAAAAUGAGGCUUCAGACUCUGAAGGUGAACCAGGAGAAAAUGAAGCGUCACAGAGAAACUAUCCUUCCCCCCUCGGCCCCUAAGAGCCCCUCGCCUGCUGCGAAGGGACGCGUGGCGGCCAUGAGCACACAGGAUCCACAAACCUCCAGACAAAGUGACGCAGAGGCACAUGAAAAGCUAACUCAGAACAUUGAGAUGGACGUGCAAAUCCUCAACUGUUCCCUGGAUGACAUUGAGAUCUUUGUGGCGCGGCUGCACAAGGCACUGGAUGCCUUUACUCAGCUCAACCAGCGCAACAAGAGUAAGAAGAAUAAGAAGAAAGGACCAGCAGAGGGCAUGCUGACCCUGCGGGCGAAGCCCCCCACCGAAGCUGAGUUCAUCGAUAGCCUGCAGAAACUCAAGCUGGCCCUCAACCUCUUGGCCAAACUGAGGAAACACAUACACAAUCCAAGUGCGUCUGAGCUGGUUCAUUUCCUCUUCGGCCCCCUCGAGCUGGUGCUGCAGAGCUGUGGGAGCCCUGAACUUCUGCGUUCGGUGAUCUCCCCGCAUCUCUCCAUGGACACGGUGGACUUCCUGCGGGGACACCUCACCCCCAAAGAGAUGACCAUCUUUGAGCUGCUGGGGGAUGGAUGGACCAAACCCAGAGCGGAGUGGCCCAGGGAUCAAUGUGCACCUCCUUAUCACCCUAAGUUUCGUAACGGCUGGGAGCCGCCAUUGGAGCUCCUCAGGACAGCCGCGUGGGAAACAGAGGGAGCAGCGGGGCCACUGGGGCCCCCCAGCAGCCCCGAUUACAGACAACAUGCAGCUGAAGAUUAUUAUGGAACACAAUCCUCUAACUCAAAUGGGUCAAAUGGGUCUUACAAUGGGGCGCCCUCCGCUCGCAAAUAUGCCAAAAUUCGCUACCACUUUGUAGCACGGAAUGCCAACGAGCUGUCGGUGCUGCAGGAUGAAAUCCUCGAGGUGAUAGAGGAUGACAAACAGUGGUGGAAACUUCGUAACCGCAGCGGUCAAGCCGGCUACGUCCCGUUUAACAUCCUGGACGUGGUGAAGAUUGAGGAGCCAGAAGCCCCCUACAACCAGGUGGGCUUUUCAUGCAGUGUAUUAACAUUAGAUUCUCUGAUGAGAACAAUAAUCCUUUAGCUGUGUAUGGGUGAGCCCUUAAAGGAAGUGAUUCACUUAAAGGUCACUAUCUAUAAAACAGCAGCAAACAGUGGAGUGUCCACUGUGGCUCAGUGGUGGAGCGGGAAAAUAAAAAACUAAACCUAUAUCAACAACAACAAAAAACAAACUUUAAUACAACGCUAAAUAACAACGUGGAAGGAACGUUGCUGCUAUCAGUGCAGCUUUGCCUUCAAGCUCUCGGACCUUGUUGUGAUCCUAUUCAUUGUGCAGCAGCACUUUCCCACCCUCAGCAAAAGCCUACACCCGCAUAGACACGCACUGCACACAUGCACGCUGGGCUCCAGGGUCAAAACGUAUCAAGCACCAGUGAGAUGAAAGUUAAACCUGUUUGAUGGAACAAACACUUAUUCAUUAUUAUUACAUCUUUGUGGCAAGGCCUCAAUAUAGCCAAUUAUUUUCGUAUUGCUGUUUACGAGUACAGUAUAACAAAUAAUCAAACACACUAUGUAUGUCAGAAGUAGUCUCAUCCCGUUGGUACCUGCAGAUCAGCACCAGGUAUUAACAUGAAUAGUGUCGCUUUUCAUAAAAUUAAUCAUGCAUGUUUAUCGUCAAUAACAGUGAGACGCUAUGAUGAAUGUGUUUGUAUGCAGCAUGAUGCAUGCAUAUGUGUAAUGAUGUGAUGUGUAGUCACGAAAUGAAGAUUAAAGCAAAACAUUCAGGAUUUAAAGUUGUAAAUAUGAUAAAAACGUUAGAAUUUG